CAAAUGGAGAUUUAUUUUAUUUUUAAAAGUAUUUUUUAACCAUUUGGAAUUUUGCUAAUGACAGCUAUCAGGGUUGGCUAGGGCGAUGAAGGACUACUAAGUUUAAUAAGUUAAUGGUUUUAUGAUAAUUCCCAAUUUAACCAAACGGGUAAAAUAUAUUUGAAAAUCGCCGAAUAUGGCGCCAAGCGAUUUGACUAUCAAGCUUUUUAUCGACUGGUUAUCGAAUAGGGUUCUGACAUCCAUAGAACUCGUCAUAAUUAGUCCGACAUUCCCAGUCUCCGCGUGUGUGCUUUUUGUGUUACCCGAAUUUAAUUCGUUCUUUUUGUCAGUUUAUUUUUCUUUUGCUAAGGAUGGUCGACAGCGAUUACGAGAGCGAUUCGAGCCGGGGUUCCAAUGCAAGCGGCAGCUCCAGUUCCCACUCUGGAUCCUCAAGUGGUUCCUCCUCAUCCGGAUCCUCUAGGCGCAGGAAAAUUAAUUUGGUUGUUCUUUUGGAAAUGAGUGUUAAAAAAGUUUUUGUCGUCGACAACAAUGGCUCCAGAUUGAGCGAUAACGAGAGCGAUUCGAGCAGCAGCUCCAGUGGAAGCGGAAGCUCCAGCUCCUCCAGUUCGUCCUCGUCCGCGACCUCCAGCCGCAGGAGCAGCGAGCGGGAAGAGGAAGCACCCGCCGCAAGGCCUCAGGAAUCCGAAAAAAGUGAUAUUCAGGAUACCGGGGAGAAGGUAGAAGAAAAUAAGGCUACCAUGACAAAGGAGAAAUCCGUAGAGAAGAGUGAAAUUCCAGAGGACGCCGCCGAAGAAGAGGCAAAGCCAAUUUCCCAAUCUGCUGGCGUGGAAAAGCGGCAAGAAGAAGAAGCAGCAGCAGCAGCCGCAACUGCGGUGCCAGCAGAAGUAAAUGAAGCAGAAACAACAGAGGAAACUGUCAAGGCGGAAAUACCUGGCGAUGGAGAAGAGGAAUCUGCAGCAGGUGCAACUGAAGACCAGGAGGCGAAACCACAAGUCGCGGCCGUGAAGAUAGAAGAUGGGAAGGAAGCAGAUCCAGAGCCACCGGCUCCGGAAACAAGCGAUGAUACCGUUAAGGAAUCCCCUAAAGACACAACUGAGACAGUGGAUCCUCCUCCAGUGGACAAUCACAUAGAAGAGGGCGAAAUAACCGAAAAAGACGAUGAGGAGGACGAGACAGUCAAAGAGAAGGAAACACCCACCGAAGUCAACACAAAGAGUCCGUCGAAGGACAAUCAUGGCACGCGCAGUCGUAGUCAGGAUGACAAGCGUCGCCGGCAGCGAUCCUCUAGCAGGAGCCGUUCGCCGCGCAGCCGCCGCCGCCGUCGGUCGCGGAGCAAAGGCAGCAGGUCCCGCAGCCGCAGCGUCAGCCCUAUACGCCGCAGAUCCAGCUCCUUGGAGCGCAGGCGCCUGGAGCGACAGAGGCGCCACGAGGAGCGGGACAAACGUGACAAGGAACGCGAGAGGGAACGCGAGAAGCGUCACCAGAAGCGGGAAAGAUCUCAUAGUAAGCGCCGAGAGGAUUCGCGGGACCGGCGACGAUCCAAAGAACGCAGAAGGGACCGGUCUGCGUCCAGGGAUCGCAAGAGAGAACGCUCCAGUUCCCCGACUCCUUCCAAAUCCGUCAGUAAUCCUCCAGUGGCCAAUGCAGAUAACGAAACUGUCACUGAGCCGGCUGCCAAGAUCACUGAGCGGCAGCGGAAGACUGUCGAUGUACUGACUUCUCGUACGGGAGGAGCGUACAUUCCGCCGGCAAAACUGAGGCUGAUGCAGGCCGAGAUCACCGACAAAGCCUCGGCGGCUUACCAGCGAAUCGCCUGGGAGGCCCUUAAGAAGUCCAUCCACGGUUACAUCAACAAGGUUAACGUGACCAACAUUGCUAUCAUUACCAGGGAGCUGCUGCGGGAGAACAUAGUGCGAGGCCGGGGAUUGCUCUGCAGAAGCAUAAUCCAGGCCCAGGCCGCCUCGCCCACCUUCACGCAUGUCUAUGCCGCCCUCGUCUCCAUCAUAAAUUCCAAAUUCCCGAAUAUCGGAGAGCUGCUCCUCAAGCGUCUGGUCAUCCAAUUUCGUCGGGCUUUCCGGCGCAACGACAAACUGGUCUGCUUGUCGGCCACCAGGUUCAUAGGGCACCUGGUUAACCAGCGAGUGGCCCAUGAAAUUCUGGCCCUCGAAAUCCUGACCCUCCUAGUGGAGACGCCCACUGACGAUUCCGUGGAGGUGGCCAUUGCCUUCCUCAAGGAGUGCGGCAUGAAACUGACCGAGGUCUCAUCCAAAGGCAUCGGGGCUAUCUUCGAGAUGCUGCGGAACAUUCUGCACGAGGGUAAGCUGGACAAGAGGGUCCAGUACAUGAUCGAAGUGCUGUUCCAAGUGCGGAAGGACGGCUUCAAGGACCACCCAGCUGUCGUGGAGGAGCUGGAGCUUGUGGAGGAGGACGACCAGUUCACGCACCUCAUGAUGCUGGACGAGGCCACCGAAACGGAGGAUAUUCUAAAUGUUUUUAAAUUUGACGACAACUACGCCGAGAAUGAGGAGAAGUACAAGGGCCUAAGCAACGAGAUCUUGGGCAGUGAAGACGAGAGUGGCUCCGGCUCGGGGUCUGGGUCUGGCUCGGAUAGCGACUCGGACGGAGAGUCUGGAUCGGAUGCGGAGAAGCAACCCAAGGCGGAUGCGGGCGAUAUCAUCGAUAAUACCGAAACGAAUCUGAUUGCCCUGCGACGCACCAUUUACUUGACCGUCAACUCCAGUUUGGACUACGAGGAGUGCGCCCACAAGCUGAUGAAGAUGCAGCUGAAGCCUGGCCAGGAGGUGGAGCUGUGCCACAUGUUCCUCGACUGCUGUGCCGAGCAGCGCACCUACGAGAAGUUCUACGGACUGCUUGCCCAGCGAUUCUGCAACAUCAACAAGAUCUACGUGCCUCCGUUCGAGGAGAUCUUCAAGGACACCUACCAAACCACCCACAGGCUGGACACCAACCGCCUGCGGAAUGUCAGCAAGUUUUUCGCGCAUUUACUCUUCACGGACGCCAUCAGCUGGGACGUCCUGGAGUGCAUCCAGCUGAAUGAAGAUGACACCACGUCGUCCAGCAGAAUCUUCAUAAAGAUCCUGUUUCAGGAGCUGGCCGAGUACAUGGGACUGGCCAAGCUGAACAACAAACUGAAGGAGGAGGUUCUGGUGGAGAGCCUGGCGGGCUUGUUCCCGAAGGACAACCCAAGGAAUACCCGCUUCUCCAUUAAUUUCUUCACCUCCAUUGGAUUGGGUGGGCUCACCGACGACCUGAGAAUGUUCCUGAAGAAUGCGCCCAAAGCUGUUCCAGCCAUCAACGCCGAGAUCCUGGCCAACAACACAGGGAAUCCUUUCAAAGAUGGCUCAGCCCCGGCUGGCAAUUCCCUGAUACCGGGCUCCUCCUCCUCUUCGUCAUCCUCCUCUUCGGACACCAGUAGUGAAAGCUCCUCCGAGGAAGACUCCAGCUCUUCCAGUGAAUCCUCGAGCUCCGAUUCCAGCUCUGAGCCGCGGAAGAAGAAGAAACGCAAGGAAAAGCGUAAGAAGAAGUCGAAGAAGAGCAGCAAGGAUAAGGCCAAGAAGAGUAAGAGCAAAAAGGCGGAGAAGAAACGAAAGGACGAGGAUAGGGAGCGGGAGAAAGUGAGAGCGGAGAAAGAUAAGGAGAGAGAACGGGAAAAGGAUCGGGAAAGGGAGAAGGAUCGCCAGAGGGAGCGUGAAAAGCAAAGGGAAAGAGAUCGUGAAAUGGAGAAACAAAGAGAAAGAGAACGUGAGGUGGAGAAACAGAGAGAAAGAGAACGGGAAAAGCAAAGGGAGAGAGAGAAGGAGCGCGAGAGAGAAAAAGAAAGGCUACGGAAGAAGGAAAAAGGAAAGCGCGAAAAGGAUAAGAAGGCUGCCAAAAAGAAGUCAAAAGAGAAGAAGAAACGACGACACAGUUCCAGCUCAAGCAGCAGCGAAGACAGCGAGAAGUCCUCUUCGGAGGAUGAUUCCUCCAGUUCCUCCAGCGACGACGACAGUAGCGGGGAGCCCCAGGCGAAGAUCAAGCGCCAGGAGGAGAUCCAACGCAACAACAAGUUCCGAGGGAAACCCCGCGAGAGUGACGACUUCAAUCUCGAAGGACCCAACUCCCGCGAUAACGAGCGCUAUCAGUCCGCCAAUGGAAACGGCCACAAAAGGAGGGAUAACUCCUCGUACGAUAGAUCCCGGGACCAUUCCCCCAACGAUAGAGACAGAAACCGAGGGAAUGGCAAUCAGGGCAGAGAACGAAAUCGUGAGAAUUCUUCGCAACGGAAGCGGGAUAAGUCUCUUUCGUACGAGAAGCCACGAAGGAGAGAGAAUUCUUCCCCCUACGAUCGACGUGGUGAGAAACAGAGCCGUGGUGAGAAGCGCGGCAAUGAGCGUUCUUCCCGGGACGAUCGAGGACGUGACAGGGACCGUGAUUCCAACAGGCAGCGGGACAGACAGCCGGAAAGGGAUAGAUCCCGAGACCGUCCACGAAGGGAGCGCAGUCUUCACCGUUCCAAGGGACGUGCCUGAAUCCGAGGAUACGAGCCUGACUGACAAGCUAAAGGCACUUAAAUAUUUGUGUUAAUGACAACAUGUAAAAUUGUGUACAAAAACCCCACUAAGCUGAUAAAACAAAAAUAAAUUGUGCAUAUUCCAAUUGCCAAGACCUUAGAA